CGGGCGGCGGGGCCGGGCUGCGGCGGGCGCUGCUGGGAGUGCGGCGGUUGGCGGGCGGCGCCGGGAGUCCCGCGGCCAUGUCCUCCCAGUCUCACUGGUUGACAACAGAGGAAAGGAACCAAGUUUUACUGGAUCUCAAAGCUUCAGGCUGGUCUGAGCUGGGAGAAAGAGAUGCCAUCUACAAGGAGUUCAAUUUCAAAACUUUUAAUCAGGCUUUUGGAUUUAUGACACGUGUUGCUCUACAAGCAGAGAAGAUGAAUCACCACCCAGAAUGGUUUAAUGUCUACAGCAAGGUUCAGAUAACUCUGAUUUCCCAUGACUGUGGUGGGCUGACCAGGAGAGAUGUGAAGCUGGCUCAGUUUAUUGACAAAGCUGCUGCUUCGGUUUAACCAGGAUGUAAAUAGCUUUAAUACAGUGUCCAGCAAUAUUUUGUGUUUAAAUGGGAGCCCUCUUUCUUUGUAAUCCUAAUUUCAAAAACCCCUAGAGACAAGAUAUUUUGUAAAAUGAGUGGCUGAGCUUUUCUGACCUUCAAGACCUUCAUCUUGAAACCCCUCGGGACACCUGUGCUUGUCCUUUCCCAUUGCUGGCUCUGCAGGAGGAUGUAGUGGAUAAACCAGCAAUAAAUAAGUUUUGAACAAUCCUUUUUUGGAAACUAAACUGAGCUGGAAUGAAACCAGGAGCUCACCCAUGUGUGUUGAUGUUCCCCAAGCCCACAGGAACGGGUGGCAGCUGCCAUAUGAGCUUCCCCCAUGCCUGACCAUUUCCCUCCUAUAGAUUUGUAGAUCUCUGCACUUCAAAUAGUGUCAGAGCAGCCUGGCCAGGUCAGUCCCCUCUGGCUUGGUACCACCAUCUCUGCCAGUGACCAAUAACAAGUGCAAGGGACACUGGGGACAGCAGUGCAAGCUGCUGCUGAUGUGUCCUUGGAGUUGCAGCUCAACUGGCAGGAACAGCUGUAUCCAGUGUUGCUGCUUGAGAGCCUUUCCCCGUCUGACGGUAUAGAAUCACAUAACCACAGACUGGUUUGGGUUGGAAGGAGCCUUAAAGCUCAUCUCAUUUCAACCCCCUGCUAAGGGCAGGGUCACCUUGCACUAGACCAGUUUGCUGCUAGCCCCAUCCAGCCUGGCUUGGACACUCCCAGGUGCAGGACUGGAUCUUGCAGUUGCUGAAAACUUUAGCUCUGGUACUGCAAAUACAAAAAAGUCCCGGCGAGCUCCCAGCACCCACACCAUUAAAUGAAGCAUGUUCUUAAGGGCUUGGUCAGGUCAGUGGCUCAGCAGGAUUGAGCCACUAUUGGUGUUGUAGUGCUCCAGUACCUGCUGGAUCAGGUGGGAGGUGGCUUGGCCAAGUGGCCGGAGCCCCGGCCAGGGCUGCCGGCGGUGAAGGAAGCAGCAUUAGCAGGAUUCUUGCUAAGCUGGGCUUGACUGAAGCUAUGCUCACCGAUUUUUUUUCAUUGCAAAUGUUGUUGCAGGAGUUACAGAUCCCGCUGACGUUUAAAAUAAUUCCUUCCGGGGUUUGAAUGUCUUUGUUUUUAUCCUAUGAUCCUCCCUGAGACAGAUUUCCAGUGCCGGCAGGGAGAUUUCAUCCUGCUUAAAGCUUGCAGGAGGGCCUCUCACCCUGCAGUCCCCCUGCCAAGUGUCCCCAGCGUGCUCCGUCAUGCCCUUUGAGCAGCUCCGGGUGCGGCGCUCCCAGGAGAUUGACACCUCCGAAAUGCCGGAGUGCAUUGCUCAGAUGACACCAGCGGCACAGCCACCAGCUACCAAGAAGUGAGAUGCACGAGUGCCAAAAUCUAUAUCGGGGGUACAUGCGAGGUGUGUGGUCUCUCAGAUAUUUUGGGAUGCAAAAUGCCACGAGCUGCCACCCAAGCGACUGUUGAUAAAAUGAGAAAGAUAUUUUUUGUAAAUCCUUAGCAAACACACCGUCACGUGCUAAUUGGUCACACACAGGAAGCAAGAUGUUGGGGUUUAUUGUCAGUAACCCUACUUGGGAUAUCAAGUUAAUACCUAAAAAGACCCAAAUUCAGACUACGUGCUCAGCUGUUGUUUUCUCACAAGUGCCUUUCCCCAGUGAAGUGGAGGAUUUCCCUGAUACGGUUUGAAAACGGUCACUGUUGUGAAGAGCGAAUAAAACUAAAACAACCAACCAGGCUGUGAUGUCUCCUGUUACUGGUGGGGAAGUGAAACAAGCUUCACCCAAAGUUUUGACAACAUCUCUAAUGAACUGUGAAAAGUCUGUUCAGAAUUUAUAUAUAACGCAUGGGCUUUGAAUAAAACCAAUAAAAUCAAAUUCCUCCUUUGUAA